UCAAUAUUUAGUUGAAGCAGGCCACGUCUCUUUGUACUGGAGAAACCACAGAUAAAACUAUCAUCUAUUGGAAAUCGGUGGAUUGGACUAACACCACCAGCAUUAAUAGAAACGUUAACGUGAAGUUCAAAAUUGCGCCCUUUGGGAACGAUUUCAAGCAUUAUAGAGUGACAACUUAAUGGAACUUCGUAAGAGGUAUCGGUCCCGUCGAUCAAACUUGUCCAGCCGGAAGAUCCCUCUCCCAUCCUACUGCUUGACCAACGUGUAAACUGCAACUGUCGUAGUUCUGAAAUUUUAUCUUUUAAUGCUUCCAUCCUGAAAAUAAGAAAAUUUGACUGAUCUGUGAUUCACUAUUUGAGUGUCUCUCCCGGGUUGAGGGAAUUGGGAGAAUAUUGGGAUUUAGAGUUUGCAUAAUAUGACAUCAUAUCUUGUAGCCCGGCAUCAAAAUAUUCCGUCUCCAGUCUCAGUCAGUGCAAGGUCAACAAGGUCAACUCAGCAAGUGAACUAUUUCAAGGUUAUCGAUACCAACGUAAUAUGUUGAGGAGCGUCUCGUCGCCAGUCAGGACAUUUAUCAGUGGAGGGGCCUUAUCGACAUCAUCCCCUGUUUCAGUAAGUACCCGAAAGAAGCACACCCUUCCCGACCUUCCCUACGACUAUGGCGCUCUCGAACCCACCAUUUCAGCCGACAUAAUGAAACUCCACCACGGCAAGCAUCACGCGACCUAUGUGACCAAUCUGAACGUGGCGGAGGAGAAGUUAGCCGAGGCCAAGGCGAAGGGCGACAUUUCUGCCGUGAUCGCUCUCGCACCCUCACUCCGAUUCAAUGGAGGAGGUCACAUCAAUCAUUCUAUCUUUUGGGCGAAUUUGAGCCCAAAGGGGGGUGGGGAACCGAGUGGCGAGCUGGCUGACUUGAUUAAACGAGAUUUUGGAUCAUUCGCCACCUUCAAGGAGCGUCUCAGCGGAGCGACGGUGGGUGUCCAGGGGUCAGGCUGGGGCUGGUUGGGCUACAAUAAGGUCGCGAAACGAUUGGAAAUUGCGACCUGUCCGAAUCAGGACCCCCUCGAGGCUACGACGGGAUUAGUGCCACUCUUUGGGAUUGAUGUUUGGGAACAUGCCUACUACUUGCAGUACAAAAAUGUGCGACCCGACUACGUCAAAAAUAUAUUCAACGUGGCCAACUGGACUGAUGUCGCGACGCGAUUGUACAAUGCCAAGAAAUAAAGACGAACAGACAGAGCAAAGUCCGAUAUUGCAAAACGUAGUAAAAUUAAGUACGAAUGUAAUGUAAUGAAUAAUUUAAAAGAAAGUCAAUAAAACAAUGAUAAAUUCUGCUAGAAUGUAA